CGGCGAAGUAGAAAAGGGUGAAAUUUGCGGUCAAGCCAUGGUGAUAUACGACAUCGUUGCGACCAAACACACCGUCUGAAUAAUCGUCUUGAGUCAUCAAGGGGUUUAUUUGAUCUCACAGUAUGAAGUGAAAGACUCGUCUCACUUCUACACGAUGCAGUCCUCCAGCGAACGUCUGCCUGAAGCUUUGCCUGUCCUCUUCACCAAAGGCACAUCGUACGAAGUCGGAUUCAACAUUGGGAAGUGUUUCUCGGAGAGGAUUCGGACCUACCAUGAACGACAAGGCAAAUUCCUGAGCAGCAUGGUCCAAUUCUAUGAUUCCGAUGAAGGUCGGAAACACCUUCAAGAGUACAUUGACGCUUCCGAAAACCGGUUUCCGAACUACAUGGAGGAGAUCAAGGGAACAGCUGAUGGAUGUGGAAUAGCAUAUGAGCAGAUCUUGGUCAGUAACUUUUGGCGUGAACUCUACGCCCAUCCGAGCAAUUCCGGCUAUGGCAAGGCGGCAAUUCUGGAAGAACCAAUGGGGUGCACCGACAUUCUGUUAAACAACGACAAGGCGAAAGUGAUCGGACACAACGAGGAUGGCGAGCUAACAAUGAAUGAUCAAGACUACAUCGUCUGUGCGGAAAUAGACGAGUACAAAACGAAAGACGGUCGGGUGUUUCCCGCGGAAAAGUUUGUGGCUCACACCUAUCCGGGUGUUUUACCCGGCGGAUGUUUCGCCUUCAACAGUCACGGGCUAGGCUAUUCGGUCAACACGUGUUGGUCGAUCACCAUCCCACGUAACAAAAUAGGAGAGGCGAUCCACAUGAGACACUUUCUCACAGCGAGGGACACGGGUGACUUAUUGCGAAUACUGAGAGAUGAAGACGCUGGCUCGACUACAGGGCUCGGAAUUAACGCGGGAUUUUUACAUGAACAAGACCUUCACAGUUUCGAGAUUGCUCCGUAUUUAGACAAACCUGGAAACAAGGUCUCUAUGGUAACCAUAUCCAAUGACAACAGAAGUACGUCAAUCGACGGACCCUUCUACUGUAGAACGAAUCACCCCUUACAUUUACCGACAGAGCCAAUGUUCAGUUCUAAUGAAGGAACAGUAUUACGCUAUGAACGGGUUCGUCAGAUAUCGACCAGAGAGACGCGUGAUGACGUUCUGCGCAUUCUCGGUGAUCAGCAGCACCCGCAGUUUCCCGUUUACCGCCGGGGUCAAACUGACAAGGACACCUCUAACGGAACCGCUUGUACAUCCUUAAUCGACUUCAAUAGAAAGACCCUGAGUGUGUACAAGAACAAUCCCAGAGAUGCUAAGGCCCCAGUUGUUAACCUGGCGAUGACAGUAUUUGACUAACCCUCACAUCAGUCAUGCGCACUAAUCUCUAUAACCGGAAAACUUAUAUUCCACCAUAACAGUGAUUUUUUUCUCUGUAUGUUCAUUAGUAUCUAACAAGUCAUUAGUAUAUAACAAGACCACAUCUCUAUAUAUUUGUGAACUUUUUCAAGAUUUUAAUUUCAUUAUUAUGAUGCUUUUAAGAGUUUUAUGAAACCCAUGUAUAGGCCAAGUUCUAGCCCAGACGGACAUAUACUAAUUGAGGAGUAAAUAAAACUGUAUUAUUCGUAUGAUAAGCUGUAAGAUAAGAAAUUGUGAGACAAGUUGGAAAAACCUCUGUUUUAAUGUUGUGGCUGAAUUAAUCCACAUUUAUUAAUUGACUGGGUGUGUUAUCUAGUACAGCCUGGGUGGGGACUCUGUGACUUAGUGAUUAGCAUGGUAGCGCAGCACAAUGACAGAAGAGACUCUCAUCAAUGCUGUUGCUGUGAGUUUCUCUCCGACCGUAUGUAGGCCUACCUGUGAAGGUGGUGCCGAGCUACCUGCUCUUGGUCGUUUUUCUCCCCCAAGCUCUACCCGGUUUCUUCCCACCACAGUGAUAAUCGUGUAGCAUUAAUUCAGAUUUGAAGUUAGGAGUUAGAAGUUACAACUUGUAUCUUCUAACUAAACAUCUCUAAUAUUGAAUACGAUGUGAAACACCAAUCAAAGAAAUCAGUCAACUAAUGACAAUAAGUGAUAGACGACGGUCCCGUGGCCGUUUGUGUCUUCUAAC